AGUAUCUUGUGAGUCUUCAUUGUGAGAGGAUUGCUUGUGCAGUCUUAGGAAAAUUCAUCUCAAUGUUCUACUAGUGCUCAAGACACUCUCAAAGACGUGAUUUUAAGGUGCAAUAAAUUCAUACGAUAAUCGUGCAAAUCAAAUUGAAAACUUGAUGAAAAAAUUCAUGUGAUAAGUAUUACAGAAAAAAAUAUGAAGGCAACAAUUAAGCAUGAUUUAUUGGCAGACAAAGCAUCGAAGAAAAGGGAGACACCAUCAAGUUCAUUAUAUGAUUUGUUUCGUUUCGCAACCAAAACAGAAAUCUGCGUCACUUUGGGGAUGCUCUCGAUGAUCUUUGUUAUGUCUGCGGGUCAUCCAAUGUCCACAUUGAUCUAUUCUGAAACUCUGUCUAUGCUGGUUGAUAGGUCAGUGUCCAACACUACGGACAUUUCCACAGUGCUUCUGCCCAUCUUUGGCGGAGGAAGGAUCCUUGUGAAUGCAACAAUUUCGGAGAGACGAGAAGCUCUACGUGAAGAUGCAUUUGCAUGCUUCAUUAUCAGUACUUUACUGAUACUUGUGAUGGUAUUUGGUAUAAGCAUUGCCAUCUACAUUAUGAAUCUCAUUGCUCUGAGGCAGACAACGAGGAUUAGAAAGCUUUUCCUGAAGUCAGUCCUCAGUCAAGAUAUGACUUGGUACGAUUCCAAAAGUAGUUUGGACUUUGCAACCAAAAUAACAUCCAAUCUCGAUUUACUCAAAGAUGCCAUUGGAGAGAAGCUCGUGACAACAGUAUUACUACUAUCAGCCUUCACCUGCCACAUGACUUUGAGUUUUGUAACAGGAUGGCAAUUGACCAUAGUCAUAGGGGGUGUCUAUACAGUCCUCAUUGUUGGUUGUUCAAUAUUUGUGGGAAAAUCAGAAGCUCGAUUGGCAGAAAGAGAAGUAGAAAGUUACUCAGUUGCAGGAUCUAUUGCUGAAGAAGUUUUCAAUUCAAUCAGAACUGUUGCAGCAUUCGGUGGGGAAGAAAAAGAAUCUCAGAGAUAUGCAGAAAGUCUCCGAAAGGCCGAAAAGACUGGCAUUCUCAAGAGUUUCUAUUCCGGUCUCCAGAGCGGUGUAAUGUGGUUCCUAGUUUUCGGUGGCUUUGGAUGUGCUUUCUACUACGGGAUACACCUUAUGGUCUUGGACUUUGACUUACCCCCUGAAGACAGGACAUACACAGUGAAGACCAUUCUUCUGAUUGUUUUGUGCAUGAUAAACGGAGCACAAUUCGUUACAUUCACCAUUCCCAGCUUGGAGACAAUAAUUGCAGCUAAAGGUAGUUCAACUUCUAUCUAUGAAGUCAUUAACCGUAGAUCAAAGAUUGAUCCCUUCAGUCCAGUUGGCAAAAAGAUAGAAAAUUUCAGAGGAGACGUUGAAUUUAAGAAUAUCCGUUUCGAAUACCCAUCAAGAAGUGAUGUGAAAGUCCUGAAAGGGAUCAGUUUUAAGGUACAUAAAGGACAAACUGUUGCUUUGGUAGGCAGUUCGGGAUCCGGUAAAUCUACAUGCCUUCAGCUAAUUCAGAGGCUUUACGAUCCAAUUGAGGGAAUUGUCUCCAUAGACGAGGUCAAUAUUAAGGAACUCAAUAUAGCAUUUCUAAGGUCUCGAAUUGGAGUUGUAGGUCAGGAACCUGUUCUCUUCUCAGCCACGAUUGCUGAGAACAUUCGAUAUGGGAAUCCGGAAGCGACCCAUGAAGAAAUUAUCGCUGCAGCUAAAAUCGCAAAUUGCCACAAUUUCAUCGAAAAGCUUCCACUUGAAUACAAUACUAUGUUAGCUGAGAACAGUACCCAGCUAUCCGGAGGACAGAAGCAGAGGAUUGCAAUUGCAAGGGCCAUAGUUAGAAAUCCUAAGAUUCUCCUCUUGGACGAGGCCACUUCGGCUCUUGACACGGAAUCCGAAAGAGAAGUUCAAAAGGCUCUGGACAAGGCAUCUGAAGGUCGAACAACCUUGAUUGUCUCCCACAGACUCUCAAGUAUCCGAAAUGCCAAUGAAAUUAUUGUUUUCAAUCAAGGUGUAAUUGUAGAGAAAGGUACUCGUACUGAGCUUAUGGAUCUCAAGGGAGUCUAUUACCAUCUUGAGACAGCAAAUCAAGACGCUACAUUAUCUGACGAAGAAGAUAAUACUCAUGAUGCUAAAGUAGAUACUAACAUUUCUAACUACAUCUUAAAAGAGGAAGAGUCGUUUGUUGACGCAAAAAAAUUGAAAGUGCAAACAGAUAAUGAAGAUAAGAGAAAGCAGAGCACAAUGAAACGCAUAUUGAAGUUAAGCUUCAAUGAGUGGAAGUUGAUGAUAUCUGGAUGCUUAUGUGCUGUUGUUGUAGGAUCGGCAUUUCCGUUAAGUGGCAUACUCUAUGCAAAGUAUUUUGAAGUAUUUGAUAUAACGGAGAGCAAUCUCAUCUAUGAAAUUGGACUUAAAUAUACUUUGUGGACGCUUCUGCUGGCAACCCUAGCAGGAUUGUCCGCUCUACUACAAACAUUUGCAUUCGGGAAAGCCGGAGUUCAUCUGACAUCACUGCUGAGAAAAUGGUCAUUCAGUUCAGCAAUGCGACAAGAGAUGACUUGGUAUGAUGUUCCAGAGAAUUCCGUUGGAGCACUUUCGGCUAGACUUUCAUCCGAUUGUGCCAAUGUUCAGGGAGCGACCGGUAGUCGAUUAGCUGGGAUACUUCAAGCUACUGCGGCAGUAGCUAUUGGGUUCAUAAUUGGGCUUAUUGCUUCAUGGAAGCUGGCGUUGAUUGUUGCCAUUACAAUUCCAAUUCUUCUAGCUGUAGCUGUUAUUGAAUCCCAAUACGCAAAAUCGAGUGCAAUCAAAGAGAAAACUGCAAUGGAAAGUGCUUCAAGAAUUGCUGUUGAAGCGAUUUCUAAUAUCCGAACGGUAGCAAGCCUAGGUCAGGAGCAUUAUAUUCUUCAGAGGUUUAAUACAGAAAUAGAUUUGGCAUCUCGUGAAGCCAUCCGGAGUUCAAAGUUCAGAGGACUGGCCUAUAGUUUGAAUAUGACGAUGAACAUUUUUACAUACGGCCUAUCUUUUUUAGCUGGCGGAUACCUAAUUGCGGAUGGAAGUGCUAACUAUGUUCAAGUGAUAACCGUAAUUGAAUCGAUGCUCUAUGGUGCUUGGAUGAUGGGUGUAGUUUUAAUAUAUUCCCCAAAUGUUAAUAUGGCUCUUAUAUCUGCAGAGAAUAUACUUAAUUUACUGGAUAGGAAACCAAAAAUUGAAGAUCCUCCCAACCCAUUAGAUAAGCCUAACAUACUGGGUAACGUCAGUCUUAAAAACGUAAGAUUUCGAUACCCAACUCGACCUAAAUCUGAAAUUCUAAGAGGACUUAGUCUUCGUAUGACGCAAGGGAAAACUGUAGCCCUUGUUGGGCCUUCGGGAUGUGGAAAGUCAACAUGUAUCCAACUCCUCCUCAGAUUCUAUGAUCCGGAUCAAGGAAAGGUCAAGCUUGAUGGUGUAUCGACAGUAGAUUUCUCAAUUCGAAAUCUUAGAUCGCAUCUUGGCCUUGUUUCUCAGGAACCUGUUCUUUUCGAUCGAACUAUUGCUGAGAACAUCGCUUACGGGGAUAACUCGAGGGUGGUAUCAAUGGAAGAGAUCAUCGAAGCAGCGAAAGAGGCUCAAAUUCAUUCGGAAUUCAUCACGAAACUUCCUUUGGGCUACGAUACACCUUUGGGUUCAAGAGGAACUCAGUUAUCAGGUGGACAGAAGCAGAGGAUUGCCAUUGCUAGAGCCCUCAUUCGGAAUCCAAAGGUCCUUCUCCUUGAUGAAGCCACUUCAGCCUUGGACGCAGAGAGUGAAAAGACGGUCCAGAACGCUCUGGAAAGAGCAAGUGAGAAUCGUACUUGCAUCGUAAUUGCACACAGACUCUCCACUAUCCGGAAUGCUGAUCUGAUCUGCGUUAUUGAUAAAGGACAAAUCGCCGAAAUGGGAACUCACAAUGACCUCAUGAGUUUAAGUGGAAUUUACUAUAAACUGUACCAAUCGUCUCUGUGAUAAGUAAAUUAAAUUUGAAAGUUUCUUGAUGCAGGUAGUGAUAUACCAACUUCCAAUAUUUUUUUAAUAAAUUAGUUUUUUUUUUAAAGAAUUUGUUGGAAAUAUUGAAAUCAUUAGUCUUGUUUUCAAUAAUGCUUUACUCAAAUGAUCGUUCUUGAAAACUUGUAUAGCGAAACGAAUGCUUUACUAGGAUUCAGUAUUAGUUGGCUACAGAUUACUAUAAUGUAAAUUUUUUUAAAUAUUAUUUUGCUAUGUAAAAACAGUUGACAAUUCUAGAAUAUAGAAUCAUAGUCAUUGCAUAAUAUUUAUUCGGGCCUGAAACCUGAAGUUUAGCUACAGAUAGCUUAACUUUAAUAAUUUUACUGCUCGAACUCUACAUAGAAAGUAAUAUCGUCAGUUAAGGAAGUCGUCGUCAGGAAGUGCAAAAUGCAUAGGAGAACACUUAUUUGACCAGGAACAUUAAUUUUGCUAAUUUACUUCAAUUUACAUAGUGUACAGAUCAUUCGUAUUUUCAUUUUUGUACUUGGAUACACUUCGUCAGUUUAAUCAGCAUUUGUCGUAACUUCAUUUUUGCGAUUUUGGGAUAUAUACAUAUUUAGAAUCGGCGUAAUUUUGUUUAUUAAACUCACUUGAGAAAAAGAAACAUUUAUAAGCCCAUUAAAAAUUAUUUUAAACAAAAAUUAUCGUAAGUGCCCUUAAUUAAUAAAAAUUUAUCAGAAUUUGUCGUAACUUCCAUUUUUGGGGAAGUUACGACAAAUUUCCAUACAAAAUUUUCAGUAAUCAGAAUUUGCCGUAACUUGUUUAGCUCGCUUGCGUGGCUUGUAAUUUGCAGCAAAAAUUUAAUAUUUCUCAUUAAAAUGUUCACAAACUCUUCCAAAUAUUCAAAGACAGUGCGAAUAUCGCUACAUUAAAUCAUUUUAAUUCGAUAUUUGUGAGAAAAAAAUGAGGAAAAAUCCCUGCCCAUCUGUCAUUAUUUCAAAACAAAACAAGCGAUGCGGCGCACAAAAUUUAUUAAAUAAAAUUUAUGAAAUAAAAGCUUUUAGGGUCAGGGACCACAGUUUAAUUGACUAAUUUAGUGAAAUAAAGGCACUCAUUAUCCCUAGAGUAAUUAAAAUUGAUAUAAUGUGUUUUUGAAAAUUGUCGUAACUUCCAAGAUCUCCAUACAUUAGAAGUUACGGUUUUAUAAACGAUGGAAGUUACGAUAAAAUAUUAUUGUGUUUCUCCUAACAUAAAUCUCAAUAUCUCACACAGUAAAAAAUAAUUACUACGAUUAUCGCGUGUAAUGGGAGUAAAUCGAUUAUCGUAGUAGUUUUCGCUGAAUAUCUCUAGUUGAAUAAGAAGAAUACAGAAAAAUAAUUCGAGCUCAUAAGCAUAAAAAUGUAUAACAUUUUAUCUAUAUUUUCUGAAAUUUGCAAUUAAAAAUCUUUAAAAUUCACCUAUUGGGACCUGAUUUUCGGAGACUUAUUUUGAAAAAACGUGCUUUUCCGUGGACAAGAUUUCUCAGAGUAUAUUCAUCAGAAAUAAAAAAAAAAACUAAAUAUUUCCUGUUAGCUUAUGAGUUAAGCUCGUACUUGAACGGUAGUAUUUUUCAUCUUGAUCACAACUUAUUUUACAAGAGAAAACGUGGUAUAAAAUACGACAAAAAUUGUAUUUUUUUUUUCUAAAAUUCUACCAACAAUACAAAUUUUAUUUUAAAAAAUCUACCAUUUAAGUACGCGUUUACUCGUCAGCUAAUAGGAAAUAUUUAUCUUUUUGAUUUCUGAUAAAUACACUCUGAGAAAUCUUGUCCACGGAAAAGCAUGUUUUUUUUCAAAAUAAGUAUCCAGAAAUCUGGUCUCAACAGCGGAAUUUUAAAGAUUUUUAAUUUAAAAUUCCAGAAAAUAUUGUUUAAAUGUUGUAAUUUUAUAUGCUUAACAACUUAAAUUAUAAUAAUAUUGAAAAAAAUUACAGAAAAUAUGGUAUUUUCUAAUCUUUUUGACUCAUCUACUCUCUUAAGUGUAAUAUUAGCAGAUUGUUAGCAUAAUUUAUGUCUGUGUUUGGAAUUUUACGUGAAAUUUUUAAAAUUAACAGUGUCAUACUACUAAAAUGCAUUUACGAUUCUUAUAAAGCAAAAUUCAGUGAUUACUUAUGUCUCAAAACGAUUUUAAUACCAAGGAAAAAUUAUACACAAAUUUAAAUUAAUUCAUAUCAAUAACUCAUAUCUCUACAACCACAAUUCUUGUAAAAUUUUGAUUCUGCAAACUUACCUAAUAUUUGUCUGGAUGGUGGCUCACUCCUAAAGAUAAAUAUUUUUAAUAUCUGUCCCCGCCUGUGAAUUAAAAUAAAUUAAAAAAAAAUAAAACUAAUACCCUAUGUUGAUAUCUGAAUAAUAAAAUAUGGAUGGCAAAGCGUUCUAGAUUUGCGGAAUGCUCGAUUCGCGAAAUACAUAUUUCCUUGAAUAUUUUCAUUUUACAUGGCUUGAUACAUACCGACUUAAUACAGAUUGAAUUAAUUAUUAAAUUGCAAAAAACAACAAAGAGCAGUAAAAAAAUUUUGGAUGGCAAUUAAUUAAAUUUGGUUGAAAUUUAAAAAUGGAUAAACCUGAGAGAACUUUUCACAAUAACUUUAAUUCUUAAAUUUUUUUUAUAUAAGACACGAGGUCAAGCAUUUCGCAAAGCUAGAACGCUUUGUUUCCCUGUUUUGCUCUCUCAGGAAAAAAAUAUGUUUUGCAUACUUUUUGUCUCCCUUAAUUCCAUUUUGAGGCUUAAGGGAGAUAUGUUUGGAGCACUAGAGUUUUCUUUUGGCUGGAUUUGUUUAUUUUGGGAGCUCAGACAGUCAGAUUCAGAUUUCCAUGCGUGGAGCUGAUUGAUGUCGAAUGAUUCAAAGAAAUCCUCAGCUUUUGAGAAAUUCGUGAAUUUCUCAAUUUUCUGGAAAUCUAUCUGACUUCCUGUGUCCCUGGGUUUAGGAAAAUUGUCAAAAACUUUCCGUAAAAUAGUGAAAAACUGUUGAGAUUGUCAGCUUCCUUUUGCACUUGUGCUGCACAAUGACACCUUUGUGAACUUCUAACGCCGCCGCGGCAAUGGGCUUUUCAUUACAACGAUAAUUGGUUGAAAAUUCAGGUAAAGUUGAAUUUUACAACGAUAAUCGUUGAAAAGCUCAACUCAAGGUUUAAAAUUGCCACAAUAAUCAGAUGAAAAUUUUAACUUUCAGUUGAAUAUUCAACUAAAGUUAAAUAUUCAACUGAUAGUUUAAUUUUCAAGUAAAAGUUGAAUUUUACAGCAAUAAUCGUUUGUAAUUUCAACUUUUUGUUCUAAUAUUACUACGAUUAUCGGUUUAAUGUCGGGAAUUCAACUAGAAAAAUUCAUCUUGUUUUUACUGUGCAGCUUUUAAAUCAUUUUAUAAAGAUUUUCUCAAGUUAACUUACAGUUUAUUAGUGCCACUUUUAUUAUUUUGACUCAAAAGUAUCGCAUUCGGGGCUCAUUUUUAAGAAAAAUAAUGCUGAACUGAAAAUUUCGUCUCCUGAAAAGUUGUCAAAAGGAACUUACGACAAAUGCUGAUUUAACUGAUGAUAUCUAAUAUUCCCUCAAUUUUUUCUCCCCCAAAAUUUUCACUUUCCACCAUCUGAGGAGCACUUUCCUUGACUAUUUGUCCGGAUGUUACUUGAUAGUUUGGAUCUUCGGGACACCCCCCCCCAGAAUUGCCCCCCCUAGGAUUUCUCGAAAAUGCAUCUUUCGAUUUAUUCAUUUUUUUUGGAUAUGUUUUAUGUUGUCCAAGCGGAAAUUUCGUCCAUAUGCGAAAAUCCUAUUGGAUUAUUCUUAGUAAUGUUUUAACUGCUCGAACUCCAUGAGAGAGCAGUUUUAACAAUCUUUUCAAGAUAAAAGUGAAAAAUCUAGAAUAGCAAAUUUCUCAAACGAAUUGGGUCAUACUCAUUGGAAAGGUCUUGGAAUUUCAGAGAAUUCUAAAUAUGGUAAUAAACUAGUCUUGAACCGGCUAUCUUUUGAGUGAUUUUCAAAUCUGCAGUAUAAAAAUAGUAUCUAAGUCAUGAGUUUAAACAAUUUGCAAAGCAUCAGAUGCUUUUCCACUUGUUAGGGUUUUUUUUCUAAUUUUUUUUUUAAAACGUUCGAGGUUUAAUAAAAAGGAUUAACCCUUUUGACUGUAAAAAUUGAGUGCUCUUGACUGUUAUUUAGAAAUAGGGGACUUUCGUGUACCGUUAAACCUACAAUAUGAAAACGCCUCAUCGUAAUUAAUAAAAUGGUAAAAGACGAAUUAUCAUAAUCGUGAAAGCUUGAUAAAACAGCAAAAUAAUAAACGAAAUUAUGGUAAAUUGUGAGUAAAUUUUUUUACGAUUAUAAGCUUAAUUUUUUUGUUCAUUAUUAAUUACAAUUUUAUUUUAUAUCUUCUUUUUCUCAUAUUUACUUUUAUGCAAUACUUAAGUUUUUUAUAAGAAAUUACCCUAUAACACUAGGAAAUUUGUCUGUGAGUUCCAAUAAAAAGUCCUAAAAGGCAAUAAAAGUUAUGGGUUUUUUCUAAAGACGGUAACGAUUAAACUACAAAGAAAUUGAUUAGUUCAAUAUCGCAUCCUUGUUAUGUUUAUUUUAUAGACAGACAUUAUAGUUUUUGUUACUAUAGAUGUUAUACUUAUUAUUAGGGGCUAUUCUAGAAAUGUUAUAUCACAGAGAACAGAAUUUAUGUGAGAUGAUUCAAUAAAAUUUUUGUACUUUAUGUAUUUUACAUUUUACUGAUUAAAUUACACUUUUAUUUACAUU